CAAUUAUUAAUUUACUAUUAACAUAACAAAUAAACAUUAGUACAAAUUAUAAUUAAGUCACAGACUUGUUCAUUUCCUACAAAUACAAAUUCACGAAGUUACACAUUUAUGAACAAAGCUUGUAUUUUUCUCUCAACCUCGGAUCUUCCUUUAAUUCAUUUUAAGGUUCUUUUUCUUUCUUUUAUUUGUAGAGCUCUGCGACAUAUCACUGAAAGCAAUAUAUUUGGGAUGCAGAAAGAUGUGGUUGUGCAACAGCUCUUGGCUCUUACACGCCUCUGAUUUUCCAUCUGCAUUGGGGUUAUUCUGUUUUCUAUAUGAUGAUUUCAAAUUUGCAUCUCAUAGAACAUUUAAGUUCUCGUGCCAGAUGCACAAUGAAGAAACAGUGCUUAAGAAUCCUGUCGUGCUGAAGCAUGGCCUUGUUGCAGACGGUUGAACACUGAAACAAGGCCUCCUGCCCAUAAAAAGAGAAUUAUCGUAUUAGCAGGAGAGUUGUUUAUAGUAUAAAGUAGGGUUGUUGGUUGAAAAUGGAGAAGAAAGGAAAUAUAUUGAUGCAAAAAUAUGAAUUGGGGAGAUUAUUAGGUCAAGGAAACUUUGGUAAGGUUUAUUAUGGAAGGAAUCUGAAAAGCGCACAGAGUGUAGCCAUCAAGGUAAUUGAUAAAGAGAAGGUUCAGAAGGCUGGACUGAUAGAACAGACCAAGCGAGAGAUAUCUGUUAUGGCACUGGUCAAACAUCCACAUGUUGUGCAGCUAUACGAGGUCAUGGCAACUAAGACUAAGAUUUACUUUGUGAUCGAACAUGCCAAAGGCGGCGAGCUUUUCAAAAAACUGGCAAAGGGGAGGCUCAAGGAAGAUGUUGCUAGAAAGUUCUUUCAGCAACUGAUCAGUGCCGUUGAAUUUUGCCACAGCCGAGAUGUUUAUCACCGUGAUCUUAAACCAGAAAAUCUCCUGCUGGAUGAGAAUGGAAACCUAAAGGUGUCAGACUUUGGAUUGAGUGCAUUGGCUGAGUCUAAGCGGCAAGAUGGGUUACUCCACACAACGUGCGGUACACCAGCAUAUGUUGCUCCUGAGGUGAUUGGUAGAAAAGGAUAUGAUGGUGCCAAAGCUGACAUCUGGUCUUGUGGGGUGAUCUUGUUUGUCCUUUUGGCUGGUUAUCUUCCAUUCCAAGACUCAAAUCUUAUGAAUAUGUAUAGGAAGAUAAGCAGGGCGGAGUACAAAUGCCCUAAUUGGUUCCCACUGGAAGUGCGUAAACUUCUCUCUAGGAUCCUCGACCCAAACCCUCAUACAAGGAUUUCGAUAACUAAAAUCAAGGAAAGCUCCUGGUUUAAGAAAGGAUCUGAUUCCAGACAUGUGAGAACCAAACAAGUAGUGAACCAAAAUGUUAUUGGAGAUGGCGAUGCUGUUUCCAGUUCAAAUUUGGACAAUAGUACCUCCUCCUCUGGAUCCGACAGCAAGCUAGAGUUGGCAAAACCUGCAAACAUUAAUGCAUUUGAUAUCAUCUCUCUUUCAAGCGGGUUUGACUUGUCUGGUUUAUUCAUAAGAAAUGAUCAAAAGGAGGAACUGCAAUUCACAUCAGUGAAGCCUGCCCCAGUCAUCAUAUCGAAGCUUGAGGAAGUUGGCAGGAAUCUGAACCUAGAAAUAGCGAAGAAAGAAGGUGGAUUUUUGAGAUUAGAGGGAUUAAAUGGGAGCAGAUAUGGAACUCUGUGCAUUGAUGUGCAAAUAUUUGAAAUUACUGAAUCUUAUUACUUGGUUGAGCUGAGAAGGUCAUGUGGUGAUGCGAUUGAGUACCAAAACAUGUUAACACAAGCUAUCAAACCAGCUCUUGAGGAAAUUGUUUGGGCUUGGCAAGGUGUGCAAUCUCAUCAUUAGUAAGUAGAAUCACUGAAAAAGAGCUUCGGAUUCUCAGAUGCUCACUCUGUCGGUUGAUCAUACUUUGUGUUAGUAUUUAAACUAAUUUUGUCUGUUUGGUGUGCUAGUUCUAAUUGUCAUUUUAACUAUAUAUCAGCCUGUUUUCAGCACCUGUCUAAGAAGCAUAUUACUGUAAACUUCAACUUAUUUCACCAGAGUUGUCUACCCUCUCUAUUACGUUGCUUCAGUUCAUGAA